UACAUGUUUUCUUUUUUGUGGUGUUAAAAACGGUGGAUGAACAAUAAAUACCCACCGGUUUUAUUAAAAAAUUGAUUAAAAUGUCCGGAAUUACCAAAGUAAUUAAUGUUACACAGAGUGUCAGGAAUCUUUGUUAUACCAUUGGCAACUUGUCUUUGCAACAAGCACAAAAGAAUUCAACAAAACUUUUAAAAGCACCACAAUGUUUGCAAACAUCAAUUGCACCUUUAGCUGCAACAACAGUCAGUCGCCAGUUCUCGACGACACCACGUCGUAAUGAUUUAAUGCAAUUUUUCGAUGAUCCCAAAAAUUGGAAUGAAAAUGAGGUUAAGGUUGGAAGAGCUUGGAAAUUGGAUGAGUUGCGUAUUAAAUCGAAUAAGGAAUUACAUCAAUUAUGGUAUGUUUUACUUAAGGAACGUAAUAUGCUAUUGACCAUGGAACAUGAGUGCAACGAUCAAAUGGAAUUGUUUCCCAGUCCCGAUCGUUUGGAUAAAGUGAAAAUUUCUAUGGAAAAUUUAGAAACAGUCGUAAGGGAACGUAAUAAAGCCUAUCACUUAUUGGAGACUGGAGAGACCGGUGAAAGGCCCAAGAAAUUGGUGGCCAAUAAAUUGGGUAUUAACUUCAUGUACAAAUACUGUGAACAUGUUUUGCCUCCUCAAAUGAAUGUUAAAUGGAUUAAAUCACGUUCCCUUGGCUAUGGUGGUAGAGCUGUACGUAAAUUCCUUUUGCAAUAUCGUGAGAAACUUUAUAAUGAAAAACGCAAAGCCAAAAAUCGCUCUCGCAAUGAGGCCAUGAUGCUCUUACGUCGCAAUCCUCAUAUGGAUCGUGAUUUGUUGCGCCGUAAAUUCCCUGGUGUAGAUAUAGAUAAGCUAGUAAAUACCGAUAAAAUACGUGGUCAUUAUAUACCCAAGGUACAAUCGUAAAACAUUUAAUUUAAAUAAAAAAACGUUUUUUGUUUGAAAAA